CGCGAAGCAACAGUUGGACUGGUGAUACGGAGGGGAACGCGCGGCGCGGCAGUUUUCCCGCCCUCCCGAGCACGUUGUUUUCUUUUUAAAAUCUUUUUUUUUAUAUUUCCUUCACGAUGAACCAUCAAAGUAAAGGCAACAAGUAUGUGUGUCCAAAUGAUCGCCAGCUCUCACUGCGUGCAAAGCUACGAACGGGUUGGAGUGCGGCGCGCAGCGAGCCACCGUUGACGCCUAGCGAGCGCGACGCCAUCGCAGCAGUCGUGAAGCGAGCAGAGAAACUGGAAGAAGUCGAAGCUAAGAGGAUCGGACGACUAGUAGCUAGACUCGAAGGUAUGCGUCGAUCAGCACAAGGUCCGGCGCCUCGUACUUGUCUUCUCUGCGGCGAGACUGCUCGGCUGCUGGCACCACUCAGAACUUGCGCCAUCUGCCGCAACUCCGCCUGCCCCAAAUGCGUCAUUGACACACCCCCUCAUAGGUCACCACUGAGCAGAGAACAAUACAUGUGUAACCUGUGCGCGGAGACCAGGGAGAUGUGGAAGAAGUCCGGCGCGUGGUUCUUCAAGUCCCUCCCGAAGUACGUGCUGCCCGAAAGAAGGACUACGGGCAGAUAUACCGACUCUGAGCUGUCGAGAACUUUGCAGGACGGUGGCAACAGUAGUAACGAAGGCAAGACAGACUCUGAGCCUGGCUCCCCGCUCAGCAUCCACGCACCAACCUUCUCCAGACAAGCAAGCAGCAUAGAAAGGAGAUCCAUUAGUUCACCACAUGACACCCACUACGAGUGGUCGGAAACAGACAUCCUCUCCCACGGUUUCAGUGGCCUGAGCCUCCACAGAACAGACAGUUUGAAUCAGCGGCCUCUAGCAGGCCUAAAGCGGACCGGCAGCAAAGGCAGCGCUUACAGCCUACGCAGCAUCAGAAAAGACAUGCCCAAACCAAAUAACCAAAUCGAAAGACCUCCUACAAUACCUGACGCUGGCUUUGGCACUUUGGAAAUAAAGUUGGCUUAUGACAACGCAACGUCCUCACUCGCCGUCACUGUUCUGAGAGCUAGAGGUCUCAUAGGGAUGGACAUGACUGGUCUUUCGGAUCCUUUCUGCAGAUUAGAGGUGUUGCCGCGCGAGGGCACUUAUUCAAAUCGUCUGCGAACAAAGACGGUGCACAAAACAAAAAAUCCCGAGUUCAACGAGACUGUACACUUCUUCGGUAUCACCGAGUCUGACCUCACCGUCAAGUCCAUAGAAAUCGUACUAUUUGAUGAUGACAAAUACGGGUGCGAUGAAAUGGGAUCAGCCACGGUAGCGCUAAGGGAAUGUGCCAAAUCUCCAGCACAACUGCGCCUGGCGCUCUCAGUCUCCUCGGGCUCUGAGCCGACUGGGCCCAGAAUCCUGCUAGCCCUCUGUUACAACACUAAGAAAAGGGCGCUUGUCGUGAUAGUGUGCCGAGGUGCUGAAUUACCUCCGCGAGACAGCAACGGCUACUCAGAUCCUUUUGUUAAACUGCACCUGGAUCCAGACCCGUAUCACAAGAAACACAAAACGUCUAUCAAAUGGCGCAAUCUCAAUCCUGUAUGGAACGAGGAAUUCUGCUUCGAAACCCGGCCCACAGAACUGUCUAGGCAAAACUUAACUCUAACCGUUUGGGAUAAGGACUACGGGAAACCGAAUGACUUUUUGGGCAGCUUGAUAUUAGGAGCCACCAGUAAAGGGAGAAGGUUGAAACAUUGGAUGGACUGCAUCAAGUUCCCUGAUCAUCGUCACGAACAAUGGCAUUCUUUAACUGACACACAACAUUUGUAAGUGUACCUUUAUUAUCUUAACCCGUUAGGUACCUUGAGGGGUUUGACGUUUGAAGUCCCCUUGUUGAAUAAUAUGACCGCUUCUGUAUUUAACCCUCUCUGGUUUUGACCACUUCUGCUUAUGACUACCUCGUAAUAUGACUUUUUAGAUUCGACUAUUGCAUUUUUAUUCUCCUUUCAGUACUUUACUGAAGGAUAAAAAUAAAGCCAAAGAAUAAAAAGAAUAAUUAUGUUGCUGAAAACCAAUAAUUUUUACAACAAUCUUCAGAGAUUAUGUUACUAAUGUGAUGAUAGGUAAUUAAUAAUUAUAUUACGAGUUAGGGUAUAAAAUAUAGAAAAAAAUAUUAAUUUUCAAUAAGCUGUUCGGAGUUUCGUGUUAUUAUGAAAAAAGUUCCGUAUUUUUGCACACCAUAAUAAAGGUAGUCAAAUAAGGAAGUGGUCAAAAGCGGAAAUGGUUCAUACAAGAACUAGGCUUGACAAGAAGUGGUCGAAUCCAGAAUAGGUCAUAACUAGAAAAAUACCAAUGAAAAAGAACUAGGCUGGUUCUAAAUGUUAAAUUGACUUUUAGGGCCACCUGCACCAAAAAUUUAAUUGAAAUAUGGCUAAAUCCUAUUUAUCUCAUCAUUAAAAACUGUUUAUCGUCAAAUAAAGAUAGAAUGAAGCAUAUUCAUAUUAUAUAGCUUUGGAUUAUUAUCUUUGGUGCAAGUGAACAUUAAAGUAAAAUUAUUAUAAUUAGUACCUAUCGACUAUUUUUUUAAAUAUGAAUAUUUAUGUCAAACAACGUUGAUGUUUUUCAAGAUUUAUUAGGAUUGUAUUGUGUAUUACACAAAAUACAUUUUAUAUACAUAAGUUUUUGAAUGAAUAGAACUAAACAAAAAAAUCACUUUUAUUCGAGUUUAUGAUUCUUUGUAAAAAUACAAUGGAAGGAGCUUCUAAGGAAGAUAUGGUGCUAUAUAAGAAAUAUAAUGAGAAAAACGUUGACUUAUGAAUGUAAAAUUAUGAAAGGGAUUCACUUAAAAAGAAAAUAUUUUUUAAAUAAGAGAAAGAACAAUAUUAUUAUUUUACGAAGACGAAUAGGGAAAACUACUGUGAUAAUAAUACUAUGUAAAAAUUAUAAAUCCAGUCUUAUUGUAUAUUUUAAGCUAAAGAUUAUUGCCACAGAAUUAAAUAAAGGUUAAUGCUACAGGUCGCGGCAUGUAACUCUAGCGCUGAACAAAACGCGGAGGGGAUAGCUGCGCACGCCUACCCGCGCACCUCGUUUCCCCCCAAGAAAUCUAGAUUUUUCCUUCUGCUCAAUAACGUUCAGCGCUAGAGUUUCGUGCCGCAACUUAUAACUGCUCUAAAUUACUAUGAAAGUAUCCUCAUAGACCUUGAUUAGACCACUUUCACUGGUUACAAGAAUUUUUGCUAAAUAUGAUUUCUUAACACUAUUUACCUAUUUCUAUUGCGUGAUAUGAAUUCACAGCCUAACUUGAAAUUUACACUUUAUACAACAGAUAGGUAUUUUCAAUUCAAAGAAACAAAUACCUUCGACAAAAGUAAAAUUAAUGUAAUUCAUUCCUGUACAAGGCAGGGUUAAUUGAGAUAAUUAGAAGCGGAUUCAUGGACUAAAUGAGGUAUUAUUUAUUUCUUGAAAAUGGUUCAAAAAGUUAAGCGUUUGAGAUUUCAUCAAGUUCGUUAACAGUACAAAUAUUCCAGUUAUAUUAUUAAGAAAAUUAAAACGUCAUUAUACAUAAUUAAAAAUUUAAAUUAUGGAGCUCCGAAAUCUGUAAUUCUGCUGGUUUGCGUAGAAAUGAAAUAAGUAAGAACACAUAUUUAAUGUUAUACAGACUGUAAUAUUGAUAAAAAAUGUAUGUAAAAAUGUUGUUUCUAGGUGUUGUACAAUGUAAUCAAAAUAUAAAAAAAUAUUUUCUAUGUGAAAGGAGAACGUUUAAUAUGUGCCAAAUAUGAGAAGGGUACCUAUGAUAUGUUAGAUAUGUGGCUGCCUUUAUGUAAGUAUCGUUAUUGAAAUAAAGAUUGUUUUG